ACCGGAAGUUGGGACUUUUACUUUCACCCACCAAACAUCCGCCUAACUUCAGCGCACAGUGUAGCAAGGUAAUGGUCAGAUAGACGACAUUAAAGCUAAUUAGUGCAGCCAUGAUAAGUAAUAAUGACGGAAAUGCUGUUCUGAAUAACUGUUCGUAGUUCCCCUUCGCUAGCUUAGGUGACCGUUGUCACCGUUACCUGACGCUGACCGUUUUAAACCGUUGGUUAACGACGUUCGUCAGAAGUUAGCUCGACCUGCGGGCUGAUAUUCGCUUAAACCAAGCACGAGAAACGUAUCAGGAGUUUUUGCAAAGCAUUAGCUCGUGCCCUGCCAGAGGGCAGAUGCCUCGUGUGGAAAAGUCAAAUAGCAGAGGGACCAAAAGACCUAAAUUAGACUGGACGUUUGUUCAGAGGUUCUGCAGCAUUCAGAAGGUCCUGUUCCCAUCAUGGACCAGUCAAAGUGCCCUGAUGUUUGGGACGCUGCUCGUGGUCACUCUCACAGAGCAGCUAAUCAUUUACCAAGUGGGUGUCCUCCCGAGCCACUUCUACAGCGUGCUGGCAGACAAAGAUUACUCUGGUUUCCAGAGUCUGGUGGGCACAGCGAUGGUGCUCAUCUUGCUCAACUCCACAUUGAAAAGUAUCGACCAGUACAUUUGCAAUCGGAUGUAUGUUAGCUGGAGGAGGAUGCUAACGGAGAGCCUCCAUACGUCCUACUUCCAGGGCCGAGUCUAUUACACACUCAAUGUUCUCAGAGGGGAAAUAGACAAUCCAGACCAGCGAAUCAGUCAGGACGCAGAGCGGUUGUGUAAGCAGAUGAGCACCAUGGCGAGUCGUUUGAUUGUGUCCCCGUUCACGCUGGCUUACUACAGCUACCACUGCUUCUAUAGCACCGGCUGGAUUGGCCCUGUGAGUAUCUUUGGCUACUUUGUGAUCGGGACCAUUGCCAAUAAAAUCCUCAUGGGGCCUAUUGUGUCGACUCUGUUUGAGCAAGAAAAACUGGAGGGCGACUUCAGAUUUAAGCACAUGCAAAUCCGUGUCAAUGCAGAGUCUGCAGCUUUUUAUAGAGCCGGUAAAGUGGAGCACAUGAGGACCGACCGCAGACUGCAGACUCUGUUAGAAACUCAGAAGAGUCUAAUAAACAAAGAGCUCUGGCUUUAUAUCGGGGUAAACACAUUUGACUACCUUGGAGGUUACCUCAGCUACAUUAUCAUCGCCAUCCCAAUCUUCACUGGUAUCUAUGAUGGUCUCACUCCUGGGGAGCUCAGUGCACUCAUCAGUAAGAACGCCUUUGUGUGCAUCUACUUGAUAAAUGGCUUCACGCAGCUAAUAGACCUGUCAACCACUCUGUCCGAUGUGGCUGGAUACACCCACAGGAUUGGGGAGCUGAGGGAGGUGAUGGAUGACAUCCUACGCAAGCAGUGUGACUAUGACCCGGCAUCAGGGGAAAGCUACGACUUUGACAGUGACUUCAACGUCCAUGCGGGCCCUGCGGACACUGCCUUCAUCCUGGACCAUCUUUCAUACAAAUCUCCUUACUCAGACAAGUUGCUGGUGGAGGAUCUGAGUCUGAAAAUCAGCCAGGGAACAAAUCUACUGGUGGUGGGGAACACGGGCACCGGCAAGACGUCACUACUGAGGGUCCUCAACCGACUCUGGGAGGCACACAGCGGUUUUGUCCACAUGACCACAUGUUUCGGGCCCAGAGGAACCCUCUUCCUGCCACAGAAACCUUACCUGACUGAUGGCACACUGCGGGAACAGGUUAUCUACCCAUUGAAGGAUAUUUACCCUGCAUCAGGGUCAGUGGACGAUGACAGAAUUAUACAAUUCCUGGAACUAGCUGGACUGCCCAGUCUCCUGAAGCGGACGGGCGGGCUGGAUGAAAAAGUGGACUGGAACUGGUAUGAUGUUCUGUCUCCGGGUGAAAUGCAGCGUCUCUGCUUUGCUCGUCUCUUCUACCUGCAGCCCAAAUAUGCAGUGUUGGACGAGGCCACCAGUGCUCUGACGGAGGAGGCAGAAGCUCAGCUGUACCGGACCUGUAAACGGCUCGGCAUGACUUUGGUCAGUCUGGGACAUCGCAGCAGCCUGGAGAAGUACCAUGAUGUCCAGUUGAAGCUAUGUGGAGGAGGCCUGUGGGAGUUAACCAAGUUAAAAGGAGGCACCAGGAGCCUCGAAGAAGAAGAAGAACCGUGACUGCAGAGUCAUUUCUUUGAAAUCGUGGACAUGUAGGAAGCUUCAGUGUGGGAGACGAGGACAUGACACACUCCAGCUCAGGAACUGGGUGUUACUAACUGAGGAAUUCAGGAGUGCACUCAUCCAGUUUGAAUGUAUUCAUGCAACAUUGAGGCAGAGCUGGACCAAAAUGUUCUGGACACAAAGACAUGGUUUGGAUGGAUCUGUAAUUAUCAGAGUAAAUUCACUUAUAACAACGAAUCAGAAAAGGAAAGGACACUUAAAUCUUUCUGUACGCACCUUUUACAUUUGUUUAUUGCAUUGUUUACAAUCACUUCUUCACUAUCAAGUGGACAGCACAUUGUGGGGUUAUACAUAGUUUUAAAAAGUUGUUUUCCUGAUUUCACAAAAAAAUUAACAUUUGGCCUUUUAAAAAUAGUUUGAUACAAUUGCACAUGUGUGGGGACGUGAAAUAGUGAACGUGCGAGUAUCUCUUCCAUAUUCCUCUUUUUUUUUUUUUUAAAUGAAUGUUUUCAGGAACUGCAUCUUCAUGGUUGUUUACCACAGAGGUCACCGUGACCUUGGAUGAUCUCUUGAACUGCUGUGGGGUCAUCCAGCGUGCUGAGGUCACCCACCCCGUCCAAGUCACGUUCCACCACUUUCCGCAGCACCCGGCGCAUUAUCUUACCUGAGCGUGUCUUUGGCAGCCGCUGGACGAACUGAGAGAAGACACGAUGAGACUCGGUACACGUUUAGGUAUUAAAUGUGAACUUAAAGACGGUGAGACAGAACUACCUGGAUGAAGUCUGGACAGGCGUACUUGGCGAUCUUUUUAGAUACCAUGUUGUUUAGCUGCUGACAAAGGGCCGCCCCUUGAACCUCCACAUCAUUUUUUAGCACCACAAAGGCAUAAACCCCUGGCGACAAAGAAGUCUUUACUAUGAUCGAUGUUUUUAAAUAUUGUGGUUGACCUGAUUUUUUUUUUUUUUUUACUGAAUAACUGACUAAAGAUGAUGUCUUACUCACCUUGUCCUUUGAGGUCAUGUGAGUAUCCUAUGACGGCAGACUCAGCCACUGCAGCGCAUUGAUUCUGUUACAGAAAUCAGAGUUCAUCUGUACACUUUAUGGGAAGAAAUUUGAACUAAAUCAAAUUAAAAUUACAAUUUUACUCAAA